GCUGGGGGGUCCGGGCCGCGGGGGGCAGUGCCAUGCACAAGCACCAGCACUGCUGUAAGUGCCCCGAGUGCUAUGAGGUGACCCGCCUGGCCGCCCUGCGGCGGCUCGAGCCUCCGGGCUACGGGGACUGGCAGGUACCCGACCCCUACGGACCGGGCGGGGGCAAUGGAGCCAGCGCCGGUUAUGGGGGCUACAGCUCGCAGACCUUGCCCUCGCAGGCGGGGGCCACCCCCACCCCCCGCACCAAGGCCAAGCUCAUCCCCACCGGCCGGGAUGUGGGGCCAGUGCCCCCUAAGCCAGUCCCGGGCAAGAGCACCCCCAAACUCAACGGCAGCGGUCCCAGCUGGUGGCCCGAAUGCACCUGUACCAACCGGGACUGGUAUGAGCAGGUGAAUGGCAGCGAUGGCAUGUUCAAGUAUGAGGAGAUAGUCCUUGAGCGGGGCAAUUCUGGCCUGGGCUUCAGCAUUGCAGGUGGCAUCGACAACCCUCAUGUCCCGGAUGACCCUGGCAUCUUUAUUACCAAGAUCAUCCCUGGUGGAGCAGCUGCCAUGGACGGGAGGCUGGGGGUGAAUGACUGUGUGCUGCGGGUGAAUGAGGUGGACGUGUCAGAGGUGGUGCACAGCCGGGCGGUGGAGGCGCUGAAGGAGGCCGGCCCUGUGGUGCGGUUGGUGGUACGGAGGCGACAGCCCCCACCGGAGACCAUCAUGGAGGUCAACCUGCUCAAAGGGCCCAAAGGCCUGGGUUUCAGCAUUGCUGGGGGGAUUGGCAACCAGCACAUCCCAGGAGACAACAGCAUCUACAUCACCAAGAUCAUCGAGGGGGGUGCUGCUCAGAAGGAUGGACGCCUACAGAUUGGGGACCGGCUGCUGGCGGUGAACAACACCAAUCUGCAGGAUGUGAGGCAUGAGGAAGCUGUGGCCUCACUGAAGAACACAUCAGAUAUGGUCUAUCUGAAGGUGGCCAAGCCAGGCAGCAUCCACCUCAACGACAUGUACGCACCCCCUGACUACGCCAGCACUUUUACUGCCUUGGCUGACAACCACAUAAGCCAUAACUCCAGCCUGGGUUAUCUUGGGGCUGUGGAGAGCAAAGUCAGCUACCCUGCUCCUCCUCAGGUUCCCCCUGCCCGCUACUCUCCCAUCCCCAGGCACAUGCUGGCUGAGGAGGACUUCACCAGGGAGCCUCGCAAGAUCAUCCUGCACAAGGGCUCCACAGGCCUGGGCUUCAACAUCGUGGGUGGAGAGGAUGGAGAAGGCAUUUUUGUCUCCUUCAUCCUGGCAGGAGGCCCAGCUGACCUGAGUGGGGAGCUGCGCAGGGGAGACCGGAUCUUGUCGGUGAAUGGCGUGAACCUGAGGAAUGCAACUCAUGAGCAGGCUGCAGCUGCUCUGAAACGGGCUGGCCAGUCAGUCACCAUUGUGGCCCAGUACAGACCUGAAGAGUACAGUCGUUUUGAAUCCAAGAUACAUGACUUGCGAGAACAAAUGAUGAACAGCAGUAUGAGCUCUGGGUCUGGGUCCCUGCGAACAAGUGAGAAGAGGUCCUUGUAUGUCAGGGCCCUGUUUGAUUAUGACCGGACUCGGGACAGCUGCCUACCAAGCCAGGGGCUCAGCUUCUCUUAUGGUGACAUUCUACAUGUCAUUAAUGCCUCUGAUGAUGAGUGGUGGCAGGCAAGACUGGUGACCCCACAUGGAGAAAGCGAGCAAAUUGGUGUGAUCCCCAGUAAGAAGAGGGUGGAAAAGAAAGAAAGGGCUCGAUUGAAAACCGUGAAGUUUCAUGCCAGGACGGGGAUGAUUGAGUCUAACAGGUCGAUCAAAACGAAACGUAAAAAGAGUUUCCGCCUCUCUCGAAAGUUUCCAUUUUACAAGAGCAAAGAAAACAUGGCCCAGGAGAGCAGCGUACAGGAACAGGGAGUGACAUCCAACACCAGUGACAGCGAAAGCAGUUCCAAAGGACAAGAGGAUGCUAUUUUGUCAUAUGAGCCAGUGACACGGCAAGAAAUUCACUAUGCAAGGCCUGUCAUCAUCCUGGGCCCAAUGAAAGACAGAGUCAACGAUGACCUGAUCUCGGAGUUCCCACAUAAAUUUGGAUCCUGUGUGCCGCAUACUACCCGGCCUCGGCGUGAUAACGAGGUGGAUGGGCAAGACUACCACUUUGUGGUCUCCCGAGAACAAAUGGAGAAGGAUAUUCAGGACAACAAAUUCAUUGAGGCGGGCCAAUUCAAUGAUAAUCUCUAUGGGACCAGCAUCCAGUCAGUGCGGGCAGUUGCAGAGAGGGGCAAGCACUGCAUCUUAGAUGUUUCCGGCAAUGCUAUCAAGAGGCUGCAGCAAUCACAACUUUACCCCAUUGCCAUUUUCAUCAAGCCCAAGUCCAUUGAAGCACUUAUGGAAAUGAACCGACGGCAGACGUAUGAACAAGCAAAUAAGAUCUAUGACAAAGCCAUGAAACUGGAGCAGGAGUUUGGAGAAUACUUCACAGCCAUUGUACAGGGUGACUCACUGGAAGAGAUUUAUAACAAAAUCAAACAAAUCAUUGAGGACCAGUCUGGGCACUACAUUUGGGUCCCAUCCCCUGAAAAACUCUGAAGAAUCCCCUCCAGCCAUUCUCUUGUGAACAGAAGAAAUCAAGUCCCUCUUCCCUCCUCCCUCUUCAUUCCUGUCCCCACGGGGAGAACAAAUGACUACUGUUCUUGUCCCCUUUUUUAGAUAUGUCCAAAAAAUUGAGUUUUCUAGUCCUGUUAUGUUUUUUAAAAUUUUCGUUUUGUUUUAGUUUAUUUUUUGGGAUGAUGCCAUCUCACUCAUCAUGUGACUGUGCCCAUUCCUGCAUGGACCUUUCCCAAGCACUAGCACAGGUGCAAAUCCAUCAGAGUCAUUGUUUUCAUAAAACCAAGCAGAAGCAAAGAGAAGAGAGGAGGACUGAUGGAAAGACAGACUGGACAACUGCAUGGCUUGUGAAGCGAGCCCCACGCACCGCGCAAGGAGAGGUUCCUGGGCUUUGCUAUGAUCUGUAUGCUGCCUCAAGGCUCGGGACGGCGUGGCGUCAUGGCGACAGAAAGUAUCUUAUUUAUAUAUAGAUAUAUAUAUGUAAUUUAUAUAAAAUAUAUAGAAAUUAUUAUAUAUAUAUAUUAUACACUCUCAUAUAAUAUAUAUAUAUAUAUUCACACAUUUGGACUAGAAAAUCUAUGGAGACUUCAUCAAUGGUACUGUGUUAUUAGAGAAAUGCUUUAAUUUUCAUAUUCCAAUCAGAUGGCAUCUUAUAUCCCAACUGGUUGGGGAGGGAGUAAAAGUGGUAGUAGUAAGUGCUGUAUCAGGGCACCUGCACUGGUCAUUCUCUAGAGAGCUGGGCUUUUCUCUAGGAAGGGGUCGGUCAGCUGGAGGCCGGCAAGCAAGGGCUUUUGCCCGGGGCAAGAGGCUUGGAGCCGUGACCCUAGAGCAGCUGCUGCUGCCCUUGGGGAGCAGUCAGGCCUGCGUGGGGGUGGGGAGAGAGAAUGGCUAACGGUGCUCCCACCGUAUUAAAUUGCCAAUUGUCUUAUGCCACCUGAAAUGUCUGCAUGAGAGGUUUCCUGUUUGUUCAUUUUUAAGCUGCUGUUAAACCAAAACCAUGUUGUGCUACUGUGUUAGCCUUUUCAUUCUUCCAAAUUUUACUUUUACUAUUUAAGUGAAUGCGUAGAAUCCCAUUUAACCGUGUUCUGAAGGCUCAUGAUGUUCAGGAGGAGCCGGGCCUUGUGAUAGACUAGGUGACCCAGGCUUGGCUGUUCAGUCAGCAGAAGGGGAGGUGGGGAUGGGUGAGAAUCAGCAGGAGCCGGGGCUCCUACUGUAUUGUGUCCCUUCACUCACCUGCCUGGGACAUGGGGGGCUCAGCUGAGGCCCUGUCAUGGGGCCCACUGGCAGGGUCAAGGAGUCACUUGCCUUGCAGUUCUGCACUGACAGUGGGACGGCCCUGAGCUUGGCCAGCCACAUAAUGAAAAGUUUGAUUGGGUUUUUUUUUUUGCAGCUGCUUCUUAUGCCCUACCGACCCCAACUCCUCACCAACAGCUGGUGGCUUACCUUUUCUUCAAGAAGAAAGUAGACUAAUGCUGUCAUUUGAGCUGUAGAGCUAAGAUUCACUUACUGUUGAGAUGUGAAACCUUGUUGUUUUUUCCCAGAGUCAGACAGUGAUAAGUGAUCAAGGGAGUUUUUCCCUUGACCACAAAUGUAGGAGGCAGGUGUGGCUCAGGCCCCACCCCCCACCCCCCAUGCCUCCCUCAGCUCCACGCUGGAGGUGUGACCAGGGGGAGAAGAGCAUGAAUAUGCUUGGCCCCAGGGUUGAGUCUGUGGUUUUUCUAGCCCACUGUGUUACCAGUGCAAAUGAUACAUGUCUAAGAUGCUUUGAGCACUACCAGCCACAUUUAGGAAAUCUGUUAGCAGUUCUCCUACCAGCAUGAUGAGGCUCACUGUAAAGUGUGGGGCCCAGAAUGUGGGUAAAGAAAGGGCAGCAGCUUUACCUGGGCAGGACACUGGGUUGAAGACAAGAGGGGUAAAGUGGUGGCCGAUUAUGACUUCUGGUGAGGAGGGGUGAGCAGGGAGUGUUGAUUUUUCUGAUGUUAAGUGAUUUUGUCCGAAUGAUGCUCAACCCUCUACCCCUCCCAGGGAAGAAAAUCAGAGAUUCAAAGCAAGCAUGACACUAGUUGGUUUACCAGUGUUCCUUCCAAGGAGACAUAUAUUUUUUAAUAAAUGAUAGUUGCAAUGAA